UUUUCUUUUUUUCUUUCUUUUUUAUGUUUCGACGUUCUAUUUUAUUAUAUUCUUCCUGUCGUCGACUCUCAUCAUCCUCCCUUUCUAGAAUGACUCCUCCACGUUUUACACCUGCUCAACGCGUUGCAAAAUUUGACCAAGAUGUUUGGUCUAUCUUUACACCAUUGGCUGCUGAAACGAAGGCUAUCAAUUUGGGUCAAGGUUUUAUGAAUUUUGGACCUCCUGCUGUUGUUCAAAAUGCUGCAAAGGAAGCUAUUGAACGCGUGGAAGCUAAUCAAUAUAGCCAUCCUAAAGGACGACCAAGACUUCGAAAUGCUUUAGCUGCUUCUUAUAGUCCCGAGUUCAACAGACAAUUGGACCCUGAAACCGAAAUUCUCGUCACCGCUGGUGCCAACGAAGCCAUGUUUGCUACUUUUGCUGGUUAUUUGGAUGAAGGAUCAGAAGUCAUUGUGAUGGAACCAUUUUUUGAUCAAUACAUUCCCAAUAUUACGAUGAAUGGAGGAAAACCAGUCUAUGUUCCUCUUCGAGCUCCUUCUCAUGCUACCACACAAAAUAUUUCCUCCAGUGAAUGGCGUUUGGAUACUGAUGAACUCCAAUCUAAGAUUACUCCUCGUACCAAAAUGAUUGUUCUCAACACUCCACACAAUCCUAUUGGUAAGGUCUUUGAUGAAGAUGAACUACGUGCCAUUGGCAAGGUGGCUGAACAACAUGAUUUGAUCAUUUUGACUGACGAAGUGUAUGAUCGAUUAUAUUAUCCUCCUCUUACAAAAUUCCCUCGAAUUGCAGCUUUGGAUGAAUUCUGGAAUCGUACUUUAACGGUUGGAUCUGGUGGCAAAAGUUUUGCAUCCACUGGAUGGCGUAUAGGAUGGUUGAUUGGACCUGAACAUUUGAUCAAGUAUGCAUUUGCUGCUCAAACUCGUGUGGUAUUUUGUGUGAACUCCCCUUGUCAAGAAGCCAUUGCAGCUGGAUUGGAAGCCUCAUUGACGCAACCUCUCUUCAAAGACCAAACCGCCAACUACUUACAAAAGCGUGCCAAACUUAGCAAAGUGUUUGAUGAUCUUGGUUUGCCUUACACGUCUCCUCAAGGUGCUUAUUAUAUCUUGGUCAAUACCUCCAAGAUCCGUUAUCCUGCCGACUAUGUAUUCCCUGAUAUCCUACACCAACGUGGUGACGACUUUAAGAUGUGUUACUGGUUGACGAAGGAAAUCGGUGUAUGCGCUAUCCCUCCCUCCGAAUUCUACAUGAAGGAUCAUUGGCCCCUGGCAAAAGAUUUUGCUCGAUUUGCCUUUUGCAAGACGGAUGAUGUACUGGAUCAAGCUGUUGACCGUUUGAAAGCAUUGAAGAAAUAUAUAUUGUAAAUUAGUAGAUUAUUUGUGUUAUUAUUGUCAGGGAUGCUUUCUUAUUUUGUGAAUAAACACUCUGAAUUUCUUUUAUUUUA